AUGUCGAGAAAUCGGACAAAAUACUAUGGAAACUCGGGGCCUCUUUCACGCGUUUACAGCGCGUUUCUUCACCAGGUCUCCCGCCUCGACUUUUCCCUGUCGCCCACGGUCACCAUAGCCAAGCUCAGAGCCCACGAAUUCACAAGGGGAGAUGUUGUAUAUCUAUUUCAUGCCGCUGGAGCUCUCUUCUGGCUGUACAUUAUGGAGAAGCCGCCGUUUCCGAUCAAGCUCGUUAUUCCAGCACUGUUUACACUUGGAAUGCUGGUGCCGCUGACGAGCCAAUUUCUCCUCCCUGCGAUCCCCGUACUCGCAUGGGUUCUUACUUACUACUCCUCGCGCUUCCUCCCGCCCUCGAGCCGCCCGCCCAUCUCCGUCACCGUUCUCCCGACGCUCGAAAGCGUCCUUUACGGCGCAAACAUCUCCGACAUUCUCACCAGAUUCACGCAUCCAGUCCUUGACGUGAUCGCUUGGCUGCCGUACGGCGUCCUGCACUUUUCCCUCCCAGUCGUUGUCAGCAUCCUUCUAUGGCUCUUUGCACCAAAACCAGCCCUCCAAUAUUGGGCAAGCGCAUUCGGAUACCUCAAUCUAGCUGGAGUACUUUGUCAAAUUGCGUUCCCAUGCGCUCCUCCGUGGUACGAGCUCAUCUACGGCCUCACGCCGGCAAACUAUGGCAUGCCAGGGUCUGCGGCUGGAUUAGCGCGAAUAGACGCGCUGCUCGGCGGCACGGGCUACCAAACCACCUUUUCGGGAGCACCUGUGCCAUUUGGUGCAUUCCCUUCUUUACACUCUGCUUGUGCGACGAUUGAGGCUCUCUUCGUCUCCCAUUUCUUCCCUUCGUUCACCCGGUUCGCCUGGGCGUACGUUGCCGUGCUGUACUGGUCAACAAUGUACCUCGCCCAUCACUAUCUCAUCGACGUCGUCGCCGGUGCAUCCCUCGCUGUACUCUGCUUCCAUCUCUUUAUGCCCGAAUCUCUCCGUCACCUCGAAAAACACCCCACAUCUUCUGCAAAUGGAAACCGAGGGCGCAGCAAGUACGAGAUUUACGACCUAGAAGACCGAAGACGGAAUCGUGGAAUCGUACCUGGCAGUCCGGAAUCGAGCUUGUCUUCAGGAAGGCAUUCGAUGACUCUCGAGGACGAGGGACAGGACAUUGCGGUCCAGUAUGGCGGGAUGAUGAGCCCGAAUCCACCUGAUUCGGCUGCGCCGCUUAUCAUGCCCUCACCACUUCCAAGGGAAGUCAGACAGUGGAAAGGCGUUGGACCUGUGCCCGCGUCCAAAGCGGCACAUCGCCAUACAGCUAGUAUUGCGAGCCUUAUUCGAGCAGAUGACCGCGUCGAGGGCGGUUGGAGUCCCGUCUCGUCGAAGCGUUUUGUAUUCCCACCAGCAAAAGGGCUUAAUGGAGCUUCGGGAUCGUCGUCUCGGGAACAGUGA